CCCGGCCGUUUAUUCUGUGAUAAGCCAUAGUGACAUACUGGCGUUCCUUUCAUAACGAUUGACCAACUGUUUAAAAAAUGAAAAAUGUAUGUGUUUAACAAUAAUACUAUAUAACACUCUAUCAUGCAUUUGUGCAUCGUAUAACGCGUUCCAUUUCGAAUCGUCGGUUGUCUGACACACAAUUAAACAACAGCAAAAACUAUACAACUAUAGUUAAAAAAAUUAUUAGCGAUCUACACCUUUGAUGACCAGUAAAUUUUCUUGUGCACGUACGAAACCGAUUACACAACUACGUUCGACUUGAAUGUGUUUCGUUGUAUUACAACAAAAUCAUGAAUUCUCCGCUAUUCUGUUACCCACCGGUGACCAAUACCACGCUGUCAUCAACACUAUCAGCCUCUGUAGACUCGAACAAGUCCGGUUAUUCGCUGAUGGAGCGGAUCAGAAUGAUCACGAGUUAUAUUGAUGAUGCGGACGAAAGAGAUCUGUACAAUAUCUUUGUAGACAUCAUAUUUGAAAUUUUUGGACGGGGCUCCGAUAAAGGAUGGGCAUUAGAUAAACUGAAGACAAGAGUACGUGAUGAUCAAAAAUACAUUUGCCUAGAACCAGAUAGCGCGUUUCACUUUUUAUCUAGUAGUGGCCAUAUUUUUAAAUUAUGCUAUAAGUUGUUGUCUAACAAUUUGCUAAAAUUUAAUAUUUACUUUUCUGAUUUACCAGUUGAGCUUAGACAAAAAAUUGAUAGAUCAUUUGGGCAAUCUUAUUACGGUUCACGUUUUUUGUACCAUGCUGAUUCAAUUUCACCCAUUGGAUUAAACUUGAAUUCUUUUGAAUACUAUAUGUUUCAUUUUGCCAUUUAUGGGUUAAAGUUGACGUCUGAUGAGAUUUUUAAUGACAAUUAUGAUGCUAAUGAACAAUCUGUGUACAAAUUGUUAUGCUUAGAGUAUCUUAAUUUUUUUUUACCAUUAGACAAUUCGGCUUCUAUGAUUUUACCUCAAAUUCAGUUCAAUGUUUUAUCACCAAUUCCUAACCAAAACCAAAAUUCAAGUACGAGUAAAUUAUUGAACUUCAUAAAAAAAGAUGUCGCUUCUAAUGAUUUAUUAACUGAUAAAAUGUUAAGUUCAUCUUGGAUGUUGACAUCAGAAGCAACCUGGCGAAGUGAAGUAGUAGCAUUUUUUUUUGCUGACAUCUGGCUGAAUUACAACUUGUUCAGUAAUGUACCAUGCAUCGAUUUAACAAAGCUUAUAAGAUGUUUCAUAAAACAUUUACAUUUAUAUUCAAACUGUGCUAAAUAUCUGCCAGUAGACAAUUUGAAACUAAUAUUGAUGUCUCGUCAUGGUAUUCAAAUCUAUCAGUAUUUAUCAUAUUAUAUGGUUAAUUGGCCACAGGAUUUCUCAUUUCGCCUUUUGCUUGAGAAUUGGCUUUGUUUUAUUCAACCUUGGCGUUAUGAUGAUUUAUCUAAGCAGCAAUGUUCUAUCACAGAGUUAGAAAUGAAUGAUAAAUGGAGAAUUUUUGUAAUAAGAAAUUUAUUAUGUUAUACCAAAUUAUUUUAUCUUGCUAUAAAAAGAUUCAGUUGUAUUGAUGUGUGUUCACCAAGAUAUUCAAUUAUGGUUUAUCGGAUGCUAAAGGUUUUUACCCACCCAUAUUUAUUGAAAAUGGUACUUGAUAUAGAAAAUAUGUAUAUAAGCAACCAACCACAAAAAAAAAAAUGGAAUACAUUAUUGACUGAAUGUUUACUUGAGGCUGAAGGUCCAUUGUUUAAAUAUGAACUAAUGUUUUCAGAAGAACGUAAUCGUGAAUAUAAAUUAUUUUAUUUGAAACUACAAAAGUCAUUGGAUCAUGUUACUCUAGAAUUGCGCCGCUUUCAAGAAGACCAAGUAGAUAGAAAUAAUUUAUCAAUGUUGGAAUUAAUAUUAACACCAAAGAAAAAUAAAAUGUCAGACUAUACUCUUAAUGAAUGGACAGAUAUUGAAACUAAUCUUAAAUCAUCAUUAAUUUUCAUGGAGCAAAUUAUUAAUGUUAAUGUUACAACUACACCGAUUAUGGCUGAUUUUUCAGCGUGGUCUAUUUCUAGUGUGAGUGGAAAUAACACAACUUCUAGCUUCUUCAAUAAAAGUCAUUCACUUCUUCAGUCUUUUGAACCUAAUAAAAUGAAUUUAUCUUUUAAACCUGUAACUCGUGCAAAAGAAUGGGAAAUCGACCCAGAUUAUUUGGAAGCUUUGUCAUAUGAAAACUAUUUUCUUGUCAAUUUAAGCAAAUUCUUAAGAAAUACUGUAGAGUUAUAUUUUAAUUCAAACAUACUACGUUUAUCAACAGAAAAUUCUAUUUUUGCGGGCAUUCUACGUCAAGCAUUAAUAAGAAAACCAAUUAAGAUAUUUUCAUACGAACCUAGAAAUGAUGGAUCUGGAAAACGUGUCAGAACACCUAAAAUUCUUCCACCUACAAUCAGUUUUCGCUGGAUGGCAUCAUACUUUACGAUUUUUUGGAUUUUAGUUUUGUUGUUAUUUACUUUGGUAUUUAACAACAUUGGCUUCUGGAUAGGCCUGUUCUUUGUCUUUUAUAUUAUAUAUUUAUGUCUUAAAUAUUUAUUUGGGUAUGCACCACCAUUCAAGUGGGACAAUAUUCAUGAAGACUAGUGCUCUAUUGCUAAUGUCAUUUUUAAGUUAUAUAACUAAAUUUGUACUGAAUUUAAACUUAUACUUAUGAUUAUUAUUUUUAUACAUUUGUAUUGUUUUACAACCUGAAAUUUAGUUAAAUGUGUGCAUCUUUCUUGAUUAAAAACUUUAUCUUACAGUCAUAUAAUUAGUUAAGAUAAAAUUUUGUUUUGAAUGACACUUUCCUAUUAAUUUUAUUAAUUAUAAUAAAAAUUUUUUUUAUGUUUAUGUACCUUUUAAAUGUUAAUACAAAUUGUUGGUAUGUAUAUUUUUAUCUAUGUAUAACACAAUGUGUGUAUGUUUGUAUACAAUAUAUCCACAAUUCAUAUUACUUUGUAAAA